AGUAUGUGGAUGUAUAAUCCUACCAUAAAAUUAUUUUAUUAUUACUAUUCAACCAUAUUGUUAAAAAUUGAUGCAGCCAUAGUAUAUGUUAUGUUGGAAUCAAGAAACUCUCUCUCUCUCUCUCGCUCUCUCUCUCUCUCUCUAAACCCAGCUCCUCCUAACGCCUGUUACAAAGAGAAGAGGAACCAAUUAAGGGGUCCGUCGAACUCCAUAAACAUGGAAGGCCUGAGUUUCUUUGUUGGAGUCAUAGGCAACAUCAUCUCAGUGUUAAUGUUCCUUGCUCCUGUUCCGACGUUUUGGAGAAUCGUAAAACACCGAUCGACGGAGGACUUUGAGAGCCUGCCUUAUGUUUGCACACUGCUCAACUCCUCCCUGUGGACUUACUAUGGAAUCAUUAAGUCCGGAGAAUUACUUGUGGCUACUAUCAAUGGUUUUGGAGCUACUGUUGAGAUUAUCUACCUUUGUUUGUUUCUUAAAUAUGCCCCGGCAAAAAUGAGGGUAAAAACUGUCAUCUUGAUUGGAACCUUGGAUGUGGGUUUUCUAGCAGUAGCCAUUUUAGCUACAUGGUUGGCAUUGGUGGGAGAUACACGUAUUGAUGCAAUAGGAUUCAUAUGUGCAGGCUUGAAUAUCAUCAUGUACGCAUCGCCUCUAGUUGUCAUGGAUGUGACGUUUACGUGGAUAAUGACUGGACGUCACGUGUCAAUUUGGAUCAAUGUAAACAUUAAAAAAUUAAAAGAAAUAAACUAAAAUACUCUUUGAAACCCUCUGGCCCCAAGCGAAGAAACCCUCCUCUCCGCCAACACCAAUCCCACCUCAGUGACCAAGCAUCUCUAGCGCCUCCACAGCUCCAGCUUUGCGCCCACCACCACCUCAAAUGGACCUAAACCUGGAGCUCUUCCGCCAACAACUCCGGCUAUGAAAUCUCGAUUGGGAACCACCAUGUGAGGUCUACCUCCAACCCAUGUCCUCCACUUCCGGCCGAUUGAGUCCAAACUUCCCCCGUCACCACUCCCUCAAGCUCUCCCCAUGUCCCCCCUUCGUCACCCACCACGUCGUCCCCUUCCUCUCCCGAACCCUUUGCUGCACACUUCUCUAUCGUUCUCGCACACCUAACAGUUUGCCAUUUUUGUUCAUCUAUAUGUAUUUUGACUCAAAAGAAAAUAAAAUUGAAUGAAAAAAAAAAUUAAAUUUGGAGUUUGAUGAAUCAAUCAAUCAAACCAGCAACUUAUUCUUGCUGGGACUCUUCGGUGACGCCACAGCAACACCACCAUCUGCAGGAGAAAAAAGACCCGAAAUUAAACCCCAAAAAGCUCUGGUUUCAAUACAUACGCCUCUUUGCCGCCAUAUUUCACCGGCGAGGCCUUCUCGUUGAGUCCAAAUGGUCAAGCCAUGACGAGGAUCUGCUUGGGAUGAAUUUGAAGUUGAAUUGAAUGAGUUUUGAUGUUUUACUCUCCUUUUGGGUUUGAAAUUUAUCUAAAGGGGAUUACUUUUUCUUUUGUUUUUUUUAAUGCCCAUGUGGGGCCAAAGUGACAAGUAGAUGCACAUCCAUCAUUCACGUGGAAGCCAUGUGGAAGCCAUAUGAAAGCCACGUUACUCCUUAACAGAAUUACUAACAGAAGUAUGAAUCUAAGAGAAAAAUGUAAUUUUAGGUAUGAGAUUAGGGUUAAAAAAACUUGAUGUAUGAAAGUUUUAAAUAAUUUUAUGUGCGUUAAAAAUUUAGAAAAACUUGAUAUAAGUCCAAAUUUUUAAGCCAAUAUAUUAAAAAUAGUCCAUUUAUUAAAAUAAGUCUAAUUCCUUUAGUUUAGAAUUAUUUGUUAUCAAUAAUUAUCUCUUUAAUGAUAAGAGUUACUAUAAAAAUUAAAUUUCUUUCUAAUUACCUCUUUAAUCGUUUCAUUUUAUUUCUUUUUCUU